AUGGAUAAAAUGUAUGACAUAAUAUCACCAGUUGCUAUUGGUGGAGAUGAAAACAUUUUGGAGUCAGAAGUUCUUUUUGACUUUGUAGAUGUUAGUGAUAUACCUGACAGCCCUUGUAGUAAGAAUGUAUGUAUGAACAGGGAAGAUGCCUAUAGCAAUAAGAAAAAGAUUGCACUGUGUUUAGCUAUGUCUGGUAUGAUUCUUAUGGCAAAUAAACAUCGUACUAUUAGAAAACGUAGCAAAUGGGUCAAAAAAUGGUUGUUGGAAAGAGAGUCUCUAAGCCACGUACCAUUAUUAAGAGAAAUAAAACAAAACGAACCUAUGGAUUUCAAAAAUGAUUUAAGAAUGGAUAGUGCAACUUUUGGUAAAUUAUUAUCCAUGGUAAAAAAUGGAUUAACAAAACAGCACACUGCUAUGAGAGAGCCAAUUUCUCCAGAACAACGUCUUACAGCCACACUUCGAUUUCUAGCAACAGGGAGAUCUUAUGAAGAUCUAAAAUAUUCUCUAGGAAUAUCCGCACAAGCAUUAGGAUACCUUAUACCGGAAACAUGUGCCGUAAUUUUUGGGGAAUUAAAGCAAGAAUAUUUGAAGUUCUUUCCAACAUGCAAAGAAGACUGGAGAAGUAUCGCAUCCGGUUUUGAAUCCCGAUGGAAUUUUCCUAACUGUGCACGAGCCCUAGACGGAAAGCAUAUCCGAAUAGUACCACCACCAAGAACAGGUGCUCUGUAUUAUAACUAUACAAAAUUUUAUAGCGUUAUUCUGAUGUCGUUAGUGAAAGCGAAUUGCGAGUUUAUUUAUGUGGAUGUUGGAAAGCAAGGCAGAAUGUCAGACAGUGCCGCUUUCGAAUGGACUUCAUUUUAUAAAAAACUGCUUACAGGUAAUUUAGGUUUUCCAGACAACAGUGAAACUAAAGAAAAUCUAAACUUUGUUAUUAUUGGUGAUUCGGCAUUCCCUCUACAAAAUAAUUUAUUAAAACCUUAUCCAGAUAAAGAUUUAACCUAUGAAAGAAAGAUAUUCAAUUAUAGAUUGUCUAGGGUACGAAAUGUGGUAGAAAAUGCGUUUGGUUUACUUGCCGCCCGUUUUUGGAUUUUCCACACCAGUUUGGCAAUGGAUCAAAAAAACAUAAUUAAAAUAGUCCUAGCAGCUUGCACUUUACAUAAUUUUUUAAUAAGAAGUAGUCCGUCUUAUGCAACAACUGCCGACAAAGAAAAUCUUACUACACAUAUAACUGAAAAAGGGGAAUGGCGGUCAAAAGAUGUAGAACUGAUUUCCCUCUCAAAAAGGAAACAUUGUAAAGCAUCCAUAGAAGCUAAGAAUAAUAGAGAUAAAUACUGCGAAUAUUUUAAUAAUAAAGGAAAACUUGAUUGGCAAGAUAAAAUGAUCGAAGCUUGUAAAGCAUAG